UAUUGAUUGUACUGGUUGGUGGUACCAGCAUUGCCGGAGGUGUUCUUGCCGCCAGUCAUGUCGUUGAAUUCGUCCUUGACCUGCUCGGCCAUUCCGGAAGCACGGUUUUUGGCAUUCUGCAAUGUUUCUUCAAUCUUGCCAGUGGUGUUCUGAGCGUUUCCCUUGGCGGCCAUGCGGUCAUUGCCAGUCAUAUUGCCAAACUUGUUCUUGGCAUCACCAGCGGCUUUGUCCCAUGUGCUGUUGUUCAUUUUGAAUAUCUGUGAAAAGUAUAAAUCAAAGAAAGAGAUUGAUAUCUGGAAAAGAUUUCCUUGCCCAUCCUUUUACAAUUGCAUCGCAUUGAACCAGGGUUUCAGGAUUUGGUAUCGGCCAAUUUCACCAUCAUUCAACAGGUUUUGCAUCGCCGAGGAGGGUUCGCCUCCCCACAAGGCUUCUACGCGCACCUUUGUGGUGAAUUCUGGUCCGGGCAAACUUUUUUAUUCUAUUUCUGAAACUCUGCUUUUCUCGCAGAUGCAGGUUUUUGUAUCGGUCAAUUUCUCCUUUUUUUUUUUGCAUCACCAAAGUAGAAAGAGCCAUGCAAAAAAUACAAAAAAUCUUCUAUCUACGAAUCUAACAGAGAUGCGGCGUGGGGGCUAACCAGUCCAAAAGCAAGGUUCAUCAGAGGGAUCUACGUGAGCAUCGAACGCUUGUUUUACUUUGUUUUUCCAAGUGGGUUCCUCGAGUAUGGUCGGGAUGUUUGGUUUGUUGAGCAGUGAAUAAAAUGGUUGAUACCAUGAAAGAAUGUGACGGCUGUACCAAUAAUGAAAGCGAUC